AUGUCUGAUAAUAAUAAUAAUAAUAAUCAACAACAGAAAUUUAAUUCUGUUUUUGCAUACUGGGAUGGUAAAGACAAGAGAGUUCAACAAUCAAAAGUUUUAUUACCACACAUCAGAAAACCAGUUGCCAAAGUAAUAAAUGUAAAUUCCAACAACCCAACCACCACAACUUCCACCACCACCACUGCUGCCAACACCAAUAUACCUCAAAACCAACCUGUACAAUCAGUUACACAGCCAACACAAACAUCACUAGAUCAAGUUGUUCCAUCAACCAAUGUUGUUCAGUCCAACAAUAAUGAAGUUGUUUCUGUCGUCGAAGAAAGUAAACCAGUAGAAUCAACAUCUUCAACUAGCAAUGGAUAUGAUAAUGUAAAGAAAGAAGAAACAACUUCUACUGAAAUUUCUACUGAAACUUCUACUGAAACCUCUACUCCAAAACCAAAGAGUGGAUAUGAAAAUGUUGAAGUUAAACCAGUUAUUGAAACAUUGCAAUCACCAGAUACAAACAACAGCAACAACAAUAAUAAUAGUAAUAGUAAUAAUAAUUAUGGAUAUGAUAAUGUUAUGAAGAGAUCAAUUGAUGUUAGUUCAGGAAGUAGUAUUCAAGAGGAUUUGGUAGUUGGAGAAUCAUCAGAGGUUUCAGUGAGUACUCCAGUAUCUGGAUAUGCAAAUUACACACCACAUUCAACUCCGGUGAAAUCACAGUACGAUAACUUUGGUAAAUCGGAGACACCACGUGAAUUGACUGCCGAUGAACAAGCCGAACAAAUCGUAAGAGAUGCCGAGCGCGAUCAAAUGGAGAUGUCGAGAAUCUCUGCUUCCACCUAUGGCUCGGUCUAUGGUGGAUCGAUGUAUACCACCUCCUAUGGCUAUGGUGGCGAUACCACCGACGAUCCCUACGCAAUCGAAGACGACGAGCCUGAAGAAGACCGUUGUGACAUCUCAGAGUCUGCAUUGCUACACUUGGAGUCGCUGUGUCACGAGAAUGCAUAUGCCGACCUCGUCUAUAGUGAAUCGGAUAGGCUUGAUACUGAGUCAAACACCCCGAGUGCAGAGGUCAGUGCUCCGGCUGCCAGAGUUACCUCUAACAACUACCAAUUGUUACCAUCGCCAUCCAACUAUUAUAUCAGUACAUCGGCAGCUCCCUCUGGAUACUCGCAUCCCAAGUUCCUCACCAACAAGGAGAAUCUCCGUGAGAAGUCUGUCACCGAUGAAUCCCUCACCUCUUGGAACUCUGAAUUCCAGAGAAUUCUCGAGAUGGACGAUUCGCUUGAGAAGUUCGAACGUCUCGCCAGUUUGGAACACGAUUUCGUUUAUGCCGCCGAGUCGUAUGGACGUAUUAUUAUCUCUGAACAUUUGUUGCCGGAUGAGUUAAAGACUAUCAAACCGGUGAGUGUCGGUGGUAUUGCCGGUGGUGAGAAAUACAUUGUCCAAGGUAUUCUCUUUAAGUUUGCAGUGGAGAGCGAUACCUACGGAUUGUAUGGAUCCGAUGAGAAUGCAAUGAAGACCGCUGCUCACGAGUUGAACGGUUGCACUUCAUUCUUGAAUUGCGGUAUCAAAGGAUUGCACGUACCAUUGAUGUCCUACAUAGAUUAUCGUGGUUUCCGUUUGAUGGCACUCUCGCUGCUGCCGAUCACCAAGAAAACCUUGGUCUAUGGUUCGUCCGAUGCCGGACAAACCGUUUACACCGCCAACACAAUGUUCAACCACUUGUUUGGAUCGGCUGCGAAAGUUCUCAAUUUGAAAUCACAUCGUGUUCAAGAUAGCUCUGGAGAUCUCAAGACAAUUCAGGGACCGAUCGAUAUUGAGGGACACGUUGGAACCGACGGACGUUUCUACCUGUUGGAUUUCGCGAGAUUGUCGCCACCCGAACCACCUAUUCACCGUGGUGCCUACCUCUAUCGUUUGUUGCGUUUGGAGCUGGUCAGAACUUUCACCACUCCACUUUGUAGCGAUGCGUUCUCACCGAUGUCAACAAUCUCCGUUGAGAAUCACAAUGCCGAGGUCAAAGAGGCCUAUGACUUCUUGAUGACCACGAUCAUCCCGAAAUUGGCGAUCACACUUGACGUCAAAGACUCUCAGGCCAUUGAGAAAAUGGAAUUCUCAAAGAUAUUCCAUUCGGAGGGUGUCAACAUGAGACAAAUCGGUCAGGUCAGACAGUAUGCCCAAAACGAAAUGGUCAGAAGAUACCUAAUGACCGAAGCACUAGUUAGAUGUCUAAAGAGUUUAACAAGAGAAUUAUUAAGAAGAGAAAUGAAAAAGACACAUCUUCCAUCUGAUUAUCCUUAUAGAAGGGUGAUGGUUAAUUUCUUGAAUUUAAUAUUUGGAGAAGGACAAGCAACAAAGACUUUCUGGGAUCAAAUUUUGAAACCAAAACUCGAAAAGAAAUUCAAAGGAAUCUUUAAUCUUCCACCAAAGGGUGUGAUCGAGUUGCCAGUCGAUAGAAAGAUGACAUUUGAAAAGGAUACGGAUCUAAAGUCGUUCUUGGAGCGUGGAUCAACUAGAACUGUUCUAUUGAAGCGUUUCACUGCUUCCAUUGGUUUGGUGUUGAGUAAACAAUCAAAGAGUGAAUUCUACGUUUCGGAUUCAGUUACUUUUGUUGACCCCGAUAUCAUUGAAAUGAGAACACAAAUCACCAGAUUGAAUAUCAUCGAUUAUGCCGACGGUAUGAGUUUAUACUUCAAGUCACAACAACUCAAGAAGGAGAACAACGCUCGUAAUAGACUUCUCUCCAUCUCCAAGAGUCGUUUGGAACAAUCGCUACACUCAAUGAGUACCAACUACGCUGCAAUCUUCCAACUUGGAAAUGUCAUUAGAUUAAUGGCCAGACUAGAUUUAAAUCGUAAAGAAGACACCUAUAUUCUGGCAGAGAACACCUAUCUUUCUUUAGAGAAAUUAAGAAUCGAUCAGAAUUUAUUAUACCAAUCAAAGUUAUUCAGAGCUAAAACAAUGCUUUCAAGAAUACCAAUUGCAUAUCAUAAGAAAGAGGUAUUGGUUACUUGUAUUGAUGUUUUGAAUGAAGCACUCGGUUUGACAUCAAACAAAUGUGAGGCGACAUACUAUAUUGCCAAAGCCAAGAAAUUGUUGUUCGAUAACAAUUUACCACAUCAAACUCAAGAGGAAUUCGAUGAGAUUAUCAAUCAUCUUGAAUCGCUCUUGAAGGAGGAACCAAACAAUGCUAAAGCCAACUUCCGUUUGGGUGAAUACUCUGCUUCCUGCCCGAAAUUCAACAAGAAGUCUCCAGAGGAAGUAUCCAACUACUACAAUCUUGCAAUCACUGAGGAUAACUCUCUUAUCAACAAGAUUGAGCCAACCAUUAAACAUACCGUUUGGUUAUUCUUCCCAAUGACCAGAUCUUCACCAAAGUUGUUCGAUCUUGUCAAAACCGAGUUGUCACAACUCGCCAAAAUCGCAAUUCCAGAGCAGUUCCAAGUGUUGGAGUCUGACUACCCAUUGUUUGACAGUGUCGGUGAACAAGUUAAAUUCAGCUUGCUCAACGCCAAAGAAGAUUCGAUUCGUAGCAUCAUUAGAAUUCUAAAGUUCAAGCCAAACAACUUGAAUCUCAUGAAAACCGCAUUCCAACCGCAGUCGCCAGUUUUCACUGACUUUAUAAAUCUUACUUCGCUCACCUCUAUCAAUCUUGGUCGUUGCACUGGAGUUGCCGAUUAUGUCAUUGAUACAUUGGCAACCGUCAAUCUCAAGAAGCUGAGAUUCCACAACACCGAAGGCAUCACUGACACCUCCAUCAAGACACUCGCCGAGAAGGCACCGAACCUCGAAGUUCUCGAUGCCGGAUCUUGCGAUGUCAUCACUGGCGAACACUUUAGCACUCUGGUUGCCAGCUGUCCAAAUAUCAGAAAGUUGGCACUCCCCAAAAAGGUUGGUUUCGAAGCUGUCCAAAAUUGUUUGCACAAUCUCAAGAAGUUGGUUGCACUCGACCUCUUGGAAUGCGAAGAAAUUCCCAACACUUUCUACUCGGCUGCUUUCAAGCAAUCGGAAUCGAUCAUUAAAAUUCGUUCAACCAUUGGAUUCCCUCACUUCCAAUUGUCACGCCAAAACCUUACUCAUAUGGUUACACGUCACAUCCACAACGAAGGAAUGAUCACUUUGGGAGGUCAAUCUAUUCCACUGAUGCGUUCGACCAUCACCGCCAAUCAUUUCUUCCAUCAGCGUGCUAUCCAUGUUUUCUUCUAUAUCAAUCAUCCACUCGUUAAGUUUAGAGAUUACAAUACAGUCGAGCGUGGUAGCAGCUGGGUGAAGGUUGGUCAGAUGACAAUCGUAGAGAAACCGGUUUUCAAGAUUACCGUUCACAAGUUGCUACGUUCCUCCAAUACAUGGGAUCACGAAUUCAACGUUCCAGUGCCAACCAUUGGAUUUGGACCGACAUCUGUCUUCAAUGUCGGAUACUACGGAAACACACUCAAGUUUAAUUUUGGAACGGUUGCAGUUCACGGUGGAAUCGGUUACAGUCUCACUAUGUUCAACGAAGCCGGUACCAAGGUAAUUUUUGCUACCAACCAAAGAACACUCAAAUUAUCAUCGCAUUUCGAAAUCUAUGAGGCAGUUCCAUCACAUUGGAUGUACCUUGUUUUAUCACUUUCUCAAAUGAAUGUUACAUUACAAUAA